AUGACCGACGAAAAAGACAACUCCGACAGCGACUGGGAACAUUUACAAACCAUGUCUGAAGAGACACCCUCGACAGAAAAUGGCGAUGACAUCGAGAAUGGGAUUGAUGAAUCUGGCAAUAAUCAUGAUGAAAAAGAAGAGGGCGAACCACGCCAGGAAGAAAAUGCCAAAGUAGAAGACGAAACACCACCCGCGGACACUGCCAAGGCAGAUGAGGAUAAGCCACCUCAAGAUGACUCUUCUAAAACAGAAGAGGAUACCUCGCCUCAAGAAAAUCCUAUCAAAGAAGAAGAAACACCCCCUCAUGACAGCGCUGUCAAAGAUGAAGACGGUGAACCAUCUCACGACGACUCUGACAAAGAAGAAGAAAGCGAGCCACCCGAGGAUGAUCGCGUCAAAGCAAAACAAUCUGCCACUCCCCCGGAAAACCAUCCAAUCCCGGGCAAAUCAUUCAUGAUUCAAACCAGAAACAAGCCAAACCUCAUCCUCGCCCUCAAAUAUGGAAAGCUGGUAUGGCUAGAGACACCCAUCCCAAGCGGUGGCCACAUCUGGCGCUGUGUCGAAAAGGACGGCUGGUUAGGCUUUCGCAAUAUGGCCUCUGGCACGUACCUCGGCCAUAAUAAGGAAGGCAAAAUUGUAGCGACGCAGAAGGAACAUAAAGAACAACAGCGGUUCACUGAAAGGAGGAGGGAGAAUGGCGGGUAUAUGCUAUCUGUUCUCCAGGAGGCGGCGCUGUUAGGAGUGGCUUUCUCGGAGGAUGGGAAGAAGUCUUUGGUGUUACAGAAAGGUGAGGGGGAGGCUUUGGAUUUCAUCGAUUCCAAGUACUUGGACAGUCCUGUGUCCCUCAAGUAUCCCAACAUGCCGCCACAGAAGCUGCGAUAA